AUGGAGAACAGUUUUUCCACACUGUCAUUUUUUACCCUAGGAUUUGUUCUAGCUUGUGCGGGAGCAACUUUUUCUGAAAAAGAAAUCAGCGUCGGGGAGCUUUUGAGGAGCAUCUCGUCGGGUCUGAGGACGCGAGACGAGCCGGCCGUCAUCGAGAGAGCUCUCCGAUUUGAGGGGAGAGCGCUCGAGCUCCCGGAGAGUAAAAAUUCCAUUUACUGGAAGGACUCAGAGGAUAGUUCUCCAGGGGUCCCGUGUACUGGGCCCACUCCUGACGCACCCAAGGUCCAAACAAAGGACGGAAUUCUUACAGGGCUCGCAGCGGACAAAGCUUAUAUUUUCUACGGGAUCCCGUAUGCCAGUCCACCGGUGGGCGCUGCCCGCUGGAAACCCCCGGCCCCCGUGGCUCCGUGGGCCGGGGCGUACGACGCCUCCUUCCCCAGGGCUUCCUGCAUGCAGGCCUGCAUUGGCCCCGUCUCAGAGGCGUGUCCAGGCAAGGUCAGCGAAGACUGUCUGUACCUCAACAUCUUCGUUCCUCUGAGCGUGGACUUCGCGUCCCCCCUGCUGAAGCCGUUGCCGGUGAUGGUGUGGAUCCACGGAGGAGAUUUCAUCGUCGGCUCCGCCUCCAAGCCGCUAUACGACGGGAGGUUCAUGAGCAAUUUUACGCACACGGUCCUGGUGAGCGUGGAUUAUCGUCUAGGGGCAUUUGGUUUCCUUGUGUCUGGAAAUGAUCCCGAAACCUCAGCCGUGGGGAACUAUGGGAUCCUGGACCAGCAAGCGGCGCUCCUGUGGGUCCAGCAGAACAUCGCUCUUUUUGGAGGUGACCCAAACAAGGUGACCAUAUUUGGGGAGAGCGCCGGGGCGCAGUCGGUGAGCCUCCACCUGAUGAUGCAGAGCAGCGCGCCCCUCUUUAAGCAGGCGGUGUUCCAGAGCCUUCCGUUCUCCGUCCCGCUGAAGACGCGGCGCGAUGCAUUAAGGCUAGGGAAGGAAUUUGCCCAGCUGGCCAACUGCUCCACCGGGGCCCUGCCGUGCCUGCAGGCCCUCAGCCCGCAGGCCGUCCUCAACGCCCAAAUUAAAGCAGGUUCUAAAAUCGUGAACCCCUUUCGCUUCCUGGAGGUGUUUGAGACGUGGGGGCCUUACAUUGACGGAGAGCUGAUCAAGGAGCAGGUGGUGACUGCCUUCCAGAAAGGACAGUGGCAGAGAGAGAAGCCCCUGCUGCUCGGGACCACGUCUGAGGAAGGGCUCACCUUCGUCUACGAAGUCCUCACAGAACCCGUCUCGGUUCUGGAGUGCGUCGUCUACACCACGGCCAUCUUCAAACAGCACUCCCCGCGGAUCCUGCGCAAAUACCUGCCCCUGUAUAAGGACACCGACCGCCGGACCAUGCUGGCACAGAUCGUGACGGACUACAUCUUCCAGUGUCCCGCGCGCAGGGCCGCCCGCGCGGGCGUGGCCUCCGGCAGCGACGCGUGGGUGUACGUUUUCGACCACGCGGUGGCGGACCGGCGGGCGUGGCGGGGGCUGCCCUUCUGCCGCGGGCGCGUGUGCCACGGGGCCGAGCUGCCCUUCCUCUUCGGCACGGCCGGCGUCGCCAGCCUCGCCCUCACGCCGCCCGAGACGCUGCUCGCCAGCCGCAUGCUGUGCCUGUGGGGCGCCUUCGCCCACGGGGGUGACCCCGCCGCCGGGCCCGACGCGACCCGCUUCUGCCGGCGCCAGCGCCCCCCCGCCUGGCCCCGGUACUCCCGCGCCAGGAACCUCACCGUGCCCGCCCACCCACAGGCGAGCGCCCGGGACCACCUCUGCGACUUCUGGGACAAGCUGGGCAUCUACUAGCGCCGGCUAACCAGCUAACCGCCAACUGCCAACUGCCAACUGCCAGCAACUGGGUCUGCGGCCAUCUUGAGUUUUGGUAUUGAGUCUCAGCUCACGUACAUAUUUUCAGAGUAUACAGUAUUAUUGAUUCACAUUUACAGCACAUUUUAAAUUGUUGCAGUGUUUGUGAUGAGAGCAUGUGAAGAAUAUUUCAAUAUUUCAGACUGAUGGAUCAACACACAGCUUAAUGAUAAACAGACACACUCCACAGAAAAAGUUUAAACCCCCGACUCCCUAAGUUUGCUUUGCUAUUGCAAGAAAGGCCGCAAUAUUGCCUAUUUAUUGAAGUAAAUCAGUGAUACACUUCGCCACAAUAAGUUUAGAUUGGGUGGCGUUUGAAAGCCAGACCCUUUUUGGGGCAUCUGAAGCCUGCCUCGUCUCAUCUGUGGUUACUGCAUAUCCCCUGAGUGGAUAUGAACACUUGCCACAGAUUAUGCAGUAUCCAUCUGUCCAAGCCUGUAUUGAUCUGACGAUGGGAAAUUGCAGAUCGAUUGAGUGGAGGCGUUUAAAGGGCCUGCAGAGCCGUAAUGAUCUUUUAAUAUUUGUUUUAUUAAAAUCUGCCGCUGCCUCCCCGUUCGUUUAAUGGGAAUGGUCUAAAUGUACAGCUCUUGUUAUCCUUACCCAAAUGUAUGAUAAAAAUGAUUAAUUUCCUCCCUGAAUCAUAAGGAGUUUAUCCCCAAAGGGAUUUUAAA